AUGUUGGAAUCAUUGGCGGCUACUUUGCUUAACAGGAUACUAGGAUCCUAUGUUGAGAAUUUUGAUCCGACACAGCUGAACCUCGGUAUAUGGAGUGGUAAUGUGAGGUUGACAAACUUGAAACUGAGAAAGGACUCCUUAGACGGUUUGAGCCUACCGGUAGAUGUUAAGUUCGGAGUGCUCGGGGAGCUUCUACUGACCGUACCGUGGUCUAGUCUGAAGAACAAGCCGGUUAAGAUCAGCAUCGAGGAUUGCUAUCUGCUUUGUACGCCGAGAGAUAAUGCAUCGAUGCACUCGGAAGAGCAGAUAGAGCGCGAUUUGCGGGUCAAAUUGCAUAAACUGGCAGAGUGGGAGCUGGCAAAUCAGGCGCGAUCGGCUGCAGAGAACCCGAACGGUCAGGGCAACGAGAAUGAAUCCUUCAUGCAGUCACUCAUGACAAAGAUAGUGGAUAACCUGCAGGUUACAAUCAAGAAUAUUCAUGUAAGAUACGAGGAUAUGAGUCAGGUCUUGUCUAAGGGGCCAUGUUCGAUCGGUAUAACGCUAAGCGAGCUCUCCGCGGUUUCGACCGAUGCUGGUUGGACUCCCAGUUUUAUAUCGAUGACGCAGGAUGUGACGCAUAAGCUCGUGACGUUGAACUCUUUGUGUCUGUAUUGGAAUACCAAAGCUGUUACGAUAGAGGAAGAGGACGAUAUCCUGGAUCACGAUAUCCUGAUAUCGAAAUUUAAGAACGCCGUGGCCACUGGAGGCAAAGCGAUCCCCAGUUUUCAAUAUAUUCUUAAACCCGUGACAGGGUCAGGGAGACUCAGUGUCAAUAAGCUGGGUUCGACUCCAGAGAGACCGCAUAUUGAACUGAACGUUCUGUUUGAUGAGUUGGGAUUCGAGCUGGAUGACUCUGAAUAUGCGGAUAUUCUUCACACUAUUUCCAGUUUGCACUUGAGUCAGAAGACCCAGAAGUUCAAGAAAAAAAGACCGGACUAUUCUACUAAUGAAAAUCCGAGCGGAUGGUUCAAGUACGUCGCUUCUUGUGUCUUGGAUGAAAUUCAUGAGAAGAAUGAGGCAUGGACAUGGGAUCAUAUCAAGCAAAGAUGCGAGCAAAGAAGGCUUUACAUCCAGCUUUGGAUGAAGAAGCUUCAACAGGGCAACAUAGAUCAAAAGUUACCUUCUCAAGAGGACGAGAAGAAGUUGGAUGAGCUACACAGGGUUCUUGAUUUUGAUUCGUUGAUACUAUUCCGGUCAGUUGCGAAGAAGGAAUAUGCCAAGAAGAGAUUGACCACACGCGAUGCCGCAUCGUCAAUCCCUCAGCAACAAACUAGCGGUCCUGGAGGCUGGUUGUCGUCAUGGUGGGGAGGCGGAAAAGACACAAACAAUAAAGCGGAGGAUCUUCUUCUCACUGAUGAACAGAGACAAGAGUUGUAUGAUGCCAUUGAAUUUGACGAAAGUAACGAAAUAGAGACACAGAUACCAAAAGACAGGACAACCGUGAAGAUAACGGGUUUGUUAAAGAAAGGUGCUUUUACAAUUAAGAACAGAGCUCACUGCACGCAGUUGGGCGAGAUCAUAUUCCAAAAUUGCGAACUUGAGUUUUUGCAGCGAACCGGCUCGUUCCUAGCAUCUUUCAAGCUGCAUGAGUUCAAGAUUGAGGAUGGUUCUCCAAAUACUCUUUACAAACAUAUCGUCAGCGUGAAAAAUAUUAAAUCUGAUGAUCUCGUUGAUGCCGAGGGAAAUCCCGAACCACUACUCAAAGCUCUCUUUGAGUCUAACCCCUUGGACGAAUCUGCUGAUUCUAAAGUGGACAUUACAUUGCGUGGGAUGACCAUAUUCUACCACGUACAUUUCAUCAACGAAAUUAUUCACUUUUUCAAUCCACCGAAGCAGCAUAUGGAAACAAUAACUGCCAUCAUCAACGCCGCCGAGGCAACCGUUGAAGGAUGGACUACUCAAACAAGAAUGGGGCUUGAAUCGUUAUUAGAAGAGCACAAGACGGCAAAUAUAACUCUCGAUCUCCAGGCUCCCUUAAUUAUUAUACCUUUAGAUCCUCAUGUUUGGGACACUCCUUGUGCAGUCAUCGAUGCGGGACAUAUAGCGCUUGUGAGUGAUCUGGUGCCUAAACAGAGGAUUGAGCAAAUCAGGCAGAUGAGCCCUGAGGAGUACGACAAGAUUGAUGAUUUGGAGCUGAAAGGUCUCAUGUUCGAUAGGUUCCAGUUAUAUCUGCAGGAUACUCAGAUACUUGUUGGUCCUGAUGUUCGUUCUACCAUUUCAAGCCUGAAUGGUUCUGCAGAGGGUGUUCAGUAUAGCAUCUUGAGUGGGCUGCUACUGGAACUUACUCUUGACAUCUCAAUUCUGCCCAGAGCAUAUAAUCUUCCAAGAGCAAAAGCUUUUGGACAUCUUCAGAAGUUGGAUCUUUCAUUGAACGACUAUCAAUAUAAGGUUAUCAUGCAACUUCUUGAAAAGUCUAUCCCCAAUUUUACAGACUUCGAAUCAGAUAUUGAUUUCAAAGAGCAAUACGCUACGAUGGGAAACGAAGACAAAAAAUUACAAAUUCAGCUUAAAAAUACAAUGCAGGCCCUUGAGAAAAUGACUCCGGCACAGAUUGCUCAAAAGCUGUUCCAGCUUCAAUUUGAAGUGGACUCUAUACAGAUCUCGCUCUACAAAUGUCUGGACAACGGAUCCAUGAGCUGCAAAAAAUUGCUUGACUUCCUAGGAGAUAAGGUGAAAUUGAUUUUAGUGAAGAAAGCUAAAGAAAUAGAGAUGAAGCUUAACGUUCAUUCUGUAAGUGUUAUGGACUUCAUUGAACAAACCAAUAAUGAUGAGUUUCGGUACUUGAUUUCGUCCGGAGCCGCUGAACCUGACAAGGAAAAGGAUCUCUUUACCGUCGAUUAUAAUCGGAAACAGAGAAUAGUGCUUCAUGAUGACUUACAUAUCGAAGUUUUCGAUCAAGACGUUAACAUUAAUAUGGAGCAGUUACGAGUUGUUUUGACCCCAAAAUCAAUCCUUACUUUGAUGAACUUUGCUUUAACCACUUUUACAGAUCCAUCGACUCCUGAAGUACCGGCUGACGUCCUGAGACAUAAUAGAGAAAAUCGAGAGGAUGCCCCACAAAAGAUCAAUUUAGCGGUUGAUAUGGCAGGUAUUGUGAUCAUAUUCAAUGAUGAUUCUUUAAAACUAGCGACUUUAGUGCUAUCAGCAGGAGAGUUUACAAUGUUCCUACUGCCUGAAAAAAUGAAAGUCAAUAUGAGGUUGGGAGGACUGGAACUCACCGAUGAGGUCUCCGGUGGUUUACCUAGAGAUUCCAUUUUCCGAAGAGUGAUCACAAUGAGUGAUGCUGAGCUCGCUGAACUAACGUAUGAGACUUUUGAUCCGGCCAAUAACCCGAACAACUACGACUCAGUCUUAAAAUACACUACGGGCUCGUUGCAUAUUAAUUUCAUUGAGCAUUCUAUCAAUAAGCUUGUCAACUUCUUUUAUAAGCUUCAAAAGCUGAAGAAGUUAUUCGAUAAGGCGCGUGAACUGGCCUACGACCAAGCUCCAUCGAUUGAGUCAGUCAACAAUUUAAAAAUGGAUAUACUCAUAAAAGCACCUAUAAUUGAGUUCCCAAAACUGAUCGAUCCCCGCAAUGAUAUCUACGAUAGCAUGAAAUUUUAUCUGGGAGAGUUUUUCAUUCAAAACGAGUUCCAUGAUCUCGCAGACUCGCACAAAGUCAAUCACAUAAAGUUAGGUUUGAGGGAAGGUCAACUCUUGUCCAACUUCAGCCUAGAAAAUGGUGAUCACCAGCUUUUGCACAUGAUUGACAAUAUGUGCUUAACUUUCGAUGUUGAACAUGACCAAAUGGCAGCCCUCACAUAUCCAGAGUUCAAAAUUAAAGGUUAUUUUGAUCCCUUAAAGACAUCGCUCACAGAACUACAACUGCGUUACUUGGUUAGCAUCUCCGAGAAGGUAACCGCUGCUUUUGACAUAACCGAACCUACCUCUGAGGAACUUGGAGGGGACGAAAUAUAUGCCGACACUUUCGGAGAGAGCGCGGUAGCCAGCACGAACCUUGGCUCCCCGUCACCCGUUGACGUUGAGUCAGACCAGAAGCAAUUGGAGGGUUUGAAACUAGACUUUCAGUUUGAAGCCCCUGAAGUUUCACUGACGCUGUUCAAUGAUACCGCAAAGGCGACUAAAUUAGAUAAAAAGGGUCUGACUGUACUAACCUUUCACGAUUUAGCUUUGAAGGCCAAGUACAACAAUGAUGGAACAGGAGAAGCAGAAUCCCAUAUAGCCACCUUUGCAGUGGUCGAUAUAAGAGAUAAGAAGGAUAAUAAACACACCGAGUUAAUUCCUAAGGUUGUAAACGAAAAUUAUCAGUUCAUGAGCUCGAUAACUGCUAAGAACUUGAGCGAAGGGAAGUUGAUUAAUUUAUCGGUCACGAUCGACAGUCCACAGAUUAUAUUGGCAAUGGACUAUUUAUUUGCCCUGCAACACUUUUGUGAUUUGGCAUUCACUAGCCAAUCAGCACAAGUCGAGAUUGACACACCUGGUUAUGGUGAUUUGAAUGCAGCUCCUACCAAUAUGGGAACUCUCGGGAGUGAAACGAAGCUUCAUUAUUCGCUAAACGUUGUCAAUGCGGCUGUGAUAUUGCUUGCUGAUCCCUCGGAUUUGAAGUCAGAAGCUGUAGUCUUCAAUGUUGGACAGUUUCUAUUGUCUGAUCAAAAUAUAACAGCUUUAUCCGCCAACAACGUUGGGAUGUCAUUUGUGAGAAUGAACUCUGAUAGUGAACAGAGAGUUCGGCUGCUAGAUGAAUUUUCCUCAUCGAUAGUCAUAGACAAAAGGAACUCAACACCAGAGAGAUUGUUGACUAACGUCCAGGUAUCAGUGGAGCCUUUAAUUUUAAGUAUUUCUUUGAGAGAUAUCCGUCUGGCGAUGCUAAUCUUUAAUCGACUCAUGUCGCAAAUGAGCGACGGUUCGAACGCUGCAUCUGCAAACGAUGAGGUUUCUACUUACGGCGCGUUCUCGAAGGAGUUUGAGAAGAAGCUCUCAAGAUACGCUCCCAGCUUUGUCUCUUCAUUAAAUGCAAGCUCCCAUCACGACGUUAGGCGAGCGACUCAAGUCGAUAUUGUGACUCGCGGGGAGAAGUUAGAGGCUGAUUUUGGAGGUCUUAGACUACUGCUUAUUGGCGAUGUGCAUGAGCUACCAAUUUUGGACAUGAAUGUCAACCCAUUUCAGGCGUCAGCAAAAAAUUGGUCAACGGACAUCGAUGCUCUCGCUACUUUAGAGACGUACGUCAACGUUUUUAACUAUUCCAGAUCGAGUUGGGAGCCCUUGAUUGAAGAAUUCCCAAUCUCCUUUCAUCUUUCGAAGGGAUCUGAGCGGGAUGCUCUUAUUCGAUUCGACGCUGUAUCAAGAAAAGUGGCAGAAUUGACGCUAUCUUCAAGAACUAUAGCGAUGUUAUCGCAAAUUCCAAGUACCUUGACAGGUGAUAUCAAUAUAAGCUCGAGAGGUGCUCAAAAGCCAUAUAGAAUUAUUAACGACACGGAGUUCGAUUUAGAGAUAUGGAUAGCCACAGAUGACGGCGAAGAACGAAGGGGAUUUACGACUUUGAAGGCAAGGGGCACCAUACCAUGGGAAUUUGAAGAUUGGCGAACAGUUAGAGAGAAGCUUGACGUCGACAGCAAAGGUUGUAACUUAGCCGCUGUAGUAGCAGGAUCAAACUAUAAGACCACUAUGAAAAUUGACGCAACGCAAGAAGGAGAAUUUCUUUUUGUGCUACAACCUGCUGUGAACCAUGUUCACAAUCGUUUGACUUGCGAAUUGCAAUUGGGUGACGACAACGUUAAGGUCAUAACUUUUAGAUCUACCUUAGUUAUGGAGAAUGCCACUUCGAUACCAGUGCUACUGAAGGUAGAGUCUCAUGAUUUGGAACCUGUAAUUAGCGCAAUUGAUCCGUCCAAAACGCAUUCAGUACCCGUAAGCUAUUCCUAUGAUUCAAAGCUGCGGAUCAAGCCAUCGACUGAGGAAGAUUACGAUUGGUCCGAACAAGUCAUAUCAUGGCGCGAUUUGUUAAAAUCCUCUUUAUCGGUAGAGUGCAGAUCAAUCUCAGAUCCAAAUAGAAAGUUCUACCUCGAAGUUAAUGGGAAGUUUGAUGCCAAAGAACCAUUGGCUAAAAUAUAUCCCCGAAUGAAGAUAAUCGUGUCUCCACCUUUAGUGAUAGAGAAUCUGUUAUCAAGUGAUUUAAAAUUCACACUCUAUGAUAAGAGACAAGAGCAUAGAAAUUUGACGCUGCUGAAGAAGAGUUCGAGAGUGCCUAUUCACGAUGUGUCCUUGGAUAACUUCCUUUUACUCAGCAUACAACCGUUGGUCGACGAUGCACCACUUUCAAAACCCUCUAUUGUCAAUACUGCUGCUCGCAGCUCUUUAAAGCCAGAGACACAAAUAACUACCAAACUUGCUGGGGUGCAGACUUUCCGCGCAGCCCUUCAUUACCAGACCGUUGAAGGAACUAGAGCAAAGAUCUUGAAGAUAUCUGCUCCAUAUAUCAUCUUCAACAGGACUGACAAGGACUUGUAUAUACAGGGAGAUCGUACAAACAUUGCUCAGAUCAAGGUUCAAACGUCCGGAAGUCAACAUUACACGGCGCCAAAAAUGUUUUCCUUUGAAACGGAUGGCCAUAAUAAAAAUCGGGCGUCUAUCAGAUUCAAAGAGUCGGAUUGGAGUUUGCCUCUCUCUUUCGACGCCAUUGGACAGUCGUUGGACGCAGUUGUGAACAUUCCAAACAAGGAGCAGGAAUCAAAUCUCGGAGUGACUAUAUCAGAGGGUGAAGGGCAGUAUGUUUUUAGCAAGAUUGUUGAGAUUGCGCCUCGGUACAUCAUUCAUAAUUGUUUGAACUUGCCAAUCGAGAUAUGUGAACUAGGUUCGACGAACGUCUCCCAACUCGAUGCUGAUCAUACCAAGCCCCUGUACAAAAUGAGGAACAUAGUCAAUAAGCAGUUGAUGAUAAAGUUUCUAGGCGUUAACUGUGACUGGUCCGCGCCAUUCUUCAUUAAAGAUAUUGGGUUGACGUAUUUGAAAGUACUAAAGCAGGACUCCACUCAUAUGCUUCUCAAAGUGGAGAUCAUUCUCGAAAAUGCUACCGUAUUCAUCAGGUUGAAAGACGCUAACAACCGUUGGCCCUAUUCUAUUAGAAAUUUCAGUGACCAGGAGUUCAUUUUCUACCAGAGAGACCCCCGCGUGAUAGACGACUACUAUGACUAUGACAGUUUUGAUGAGCUUGACGAAAUUGAAUAUAAGCCACUCUACUACAGGCUACCUCCUAAGAGCGUCAUGCCUUAUGCAUGGGAUUAUCCGGCGGCCAGACAGAAAAAGAUUGUCAUAACAGCCAGGGGCCUGAGAAGAGAAAUACAACUGGCAGAGAUUGGGAAUCUCAAGCCUAUGAGGCUCCCAGCUAAACUUGCUAAUGAAGAUACAAUUACUGUGGAUUUGAACGUAGUUGCGGAUGGACCAACGCAGGCGCUGGUCAUAACAAAAUACAAUCCAGCAGUGAGUCUUUACAAAUUAAGAUCAAAGAAGACUUCUUCAUCACUAUCGGUAAACAGCAGCGCUGACGGAUUUGAAGCUGAAGAAGAGGAUAAAAACUUCCAGAAAAAGAUCAUGGUAUCGUUAAAGGGUGUUGGGAUUUCCUUAAUCAAUGCUUCGUUGCAGGAAAUCUUGUACGUCUAUGCUAAUGGUCUGGAGUUGCGCUAUAACGAGUCCGAUCUAUAUCAAACCUUCAGCUGGAAAUUGAAGUGGGUUCAGAUCGAUAAUCAGCUUUUUAGUAGCCCGUUCGAAAAUGUGAUGUACCCUGCGACCGUAUUAAAUACAGCUCAAGAGGUUGAGAAUCAUCCUGUGAUUUCGGGAUCGAUUUCGAAAGUGAAGGAUGAUUCGCAUGGAUUAAAGUACUUUAAGCAUGCAACCCUACUACUCCAGGAGCUUUCGAUACAAUUGGAUGAAGAAUUACUCAUUUCUCUGUUGGACUUUGGUAAAUUCCCGGGUGCCGUUUGGAAUAAGUACGCAACACAAACUCAUUAUAGUGAUACAAUCACAUUACCGGAGUGCAAAGAUAUCAAGUUUGCAGAAGACAUGUAUUUUGAGAUAUUCCACGUUCAACCCAUGCUCCUACACAUUUCCUUUGUUAGAUCAGAUCAGCAUAAUUUCCUCGAAAGCGAACAAAACAGACUUGGUUUGGAAUCCGGAGGCGCCAUAUUGUUCUUAAUUGACAUGCUGACUAUGACGCUGGCCAAUGUGAACGACGCCCCCAUCAAAUUAAACUCCUUAUACAUGGCCAACGUGAGGGUACCGAUCGACACACUACUGCAAGCCGUUCAAACUCACUAUGGACAGCAGUUUUUCUACCAGAUUCACAAGAUAUUAGGAUCUGCCGAUUUCCUUGGCAACCCAGUGGGACUCUUCAACACCAUCAGUUCAGGUGUUUGGGAUAUCUUUUACGAGCCAUACCAGGGCUACAUGAUGAAUGAUAGACCACAGGAGCUGGGAAUUCAUCUAGCCAAAGGAGGUCUAAGUUUCGCCAAGAAGACCGUAUUCGGAUUAUCCGACAGCAUGGCCAAAUUCACUGGGUCGAUGGCCAAAGGUUUGUCAUUCACGCAGGACCAGGAGUUUCAAGAGAAGAGAAGGCUACAGCAGAGAAUGAAUGCCAACAGGAGGAGCCUGAUCUCCUCGUCUGCCCAGACGUUUGUUAACACCGUCGGAAGCGGUUUUACCGGAAUGGCGCUUGACCCCAUGAACGGAGCCCAGAAGGAGGGUGCUGCCGGCUUCAUCAAGGGCCUCGGAAAGGGCCUCUUCGGCCUCCCAACCAAGACUGCCAUCGGCUUCCUUGACCUAACCAGCAACCUCAGCCAGGGCGUCAAAAGCACUGCUUCCGCGCUAGACGGGCCCUCAUCGAUGCGUGUGAGACUGCCCCGCUACGUCGACUAUCACGAGAAGAUCAUCAGGCCGUUCAACCUCAUGGACGCCCAGGGCCAGUACUGGCUCAAAUCCCUCGACGGUGGCCUGUUCAUGAACGACAACUAUUUGACCCACGUCGUCCUGCCCGGCCGAGAACUCGCCGUCCUCGUCUCCAUGGAACACAUCAUCGAGAUGAACAUCGCCUCUCAGGAGACCAUGUGGGUCACCGACUACUACGGCAUCCAGGGAAUCAUCCUACAGCGUGGCGGAAUCCACAUCAGACUCAAGUCCAAGUCCGAGUACUUCAUCCCCAUCUCAGACACGCAAGAGAGAAAACACAUGUACAAGCACAUUGCCAUAGCCGUCACCGAGUUCAACAAAUACUGCGAGGCAACACUAUGA